AUGCCCGGUUCCGAUGACGGCGAGCAGCAGCCUAUGGCGCCGUCCGCUCCCUCUGCUUCGACGUCCGAUCCCUUGGUCAAGGCCGUGGCGGAGUUAGCGCAAACGGUCGCCGGCAUCUCUGCACGCCUGGCGACCGUCGAGGCGCGACCGGCCCCGGCUCCAGCCGCCCCCAUGCCGCCAGACUUUCCCUAUGGGUUGCCGGGGUACGGCACGGCGGCGCCUUUCCUUCCUGGCAUCAUCCCCACCACAGCACCGCCUGCCACUACCUCCCUUCCCUUACCCAUCCACCAAAUCCAAUUUCCCCAUUCCCCAUCGCCGAUUCCCUCCGUGGCGUUGCUCUCAGCGGGCUUUUCCGCGGCCGCAGACACGAGUGCUCCCGCGCCCAGCGCCGGCGCGACAUUUGCUGCGGCGCCCAAGCGCGGCGCCCCCUGCCCCAACGGCGUGGCUGGCCCCUUCCUGUCCGGCGCGAGCGCGGGCCCCUCGUUCGGCGCGGGCGGCCACCUUACCCACGGCGCGAGCGCGGCCUACCCGCAAGGCGCCCCGCACCAGGCGCCGUUCCCAUCCGCGGCGGGCACGCCCCCUUUCUUCGGCGCCCCUGACGCUCCAGUCCACGGUGCCGGGCCGGGCUGGGGCGCACCCCGCUUCUACAAGCUCGAGCUCUCCACCUACGACGGCUCCGAGGAUCCCCUGAACUGGCUCAAUCGGUGUGAGCAGUUCUUUAGGGGCCAGCGCACCCUCAACUCGGACCGCGUCUGGCUCGCCUCGUACCACCUGGUCGGCGCAGCACAGACCUGGUACUACGCGCUGGAGCAGGACGAAGGCAUGCCCGGCUGGGAGCGCUUCAAGGAGCUCUGCAACCUGCGUUUCGGCCCGCCUGUCCGCAUCAACAGGCUGGCUGAGCUCGCCCGCCUUCCGUUCUUGUCCACUGUGCAGGAGUACUCCGAGCGCUUCAACGCGCUCCUGUGCCACGCACGCAACCUCUCCCCGGUGCAAAAAGCGGAGCUGUUCGUGGGCGGCCUUCCCGAGCACAUCCACGUCGACGUCGAACUGCGGGAGCCGCAUGAUCUCCAGACGGCGAUGCACCUGGCACGGGCGUCCGAACGCCGCGCAGAGGCCACACUCCCGACGCCUGCCCAACGCAUCGCCCGUGCACCCUAG